AUGCUACCUAUAUUUUCCUGUGUAUUGCUAGCUCUUUCUUUGGCACUCUUUGGAAGUUGUGAAACUCACACUUUUAACUUUAAUGCGUCUUAUGUUCUCAGGAACCCAGACGGUGUUCACGAGAGACGAGUGAUCGCAUUGAAUGAACAAUGGCCCUUGCCCAUAAUUAAGAUUAAAGAGGAUGACAGGGUAAUAAUCCACUUAACUAACCUGUUGGAGGAAGGCAAGAACACCUCAUUACAUUUCCAUGGACUUUUUCAACAGGGCUCUACUUGGAUGGACGGCCCUCAAAUGGUCACUCAGUGCCCUAUUCCGUUUGGACAUACCUUCACCUACAACUUCACCGUUACUGGCCAAACUGGUACUUACUGGUACCACUCUCAUUCAGGAAGUCAGUAUAGUGACGGUUUGAGAGGAAUGUUUAUCGUUAUGCCAAAAGAGGGACUGCUGCUUGAUGCUCCAACUUGUGCGGAGUCCGAUGAAGGAUGCUUGCUGACAUUGUCAAAGCUCAAGUACGAUGCUGCAGUUCCUCUUACCAUAAGUGACUGGUACCACGAGGAAUCUUCAGAUAUCAUGCAUUCCUUUUUAAAUAAAUUCAAUCCAACCGGUGCUGAGCCUAUCCCUCAAAAUUCCUUGUUCAACGACACGAAGAAUAGUACCUGGACGGUGGAACCGGAAACGACUUAUUUGGUUCAAGUGGUGAACAUGGGUAUGUUUGUAUCACAGCACCUCUAUCUUGAGGGCCAUACUUUCACUGUUGUUGAGAUUGACGGGGUACCUGUGAUUCCCUAUGAAACCAAAAGCAUUUUAAUAUCUGUAGCGCAGAGAUAUGGAUUGAUAGUAAAGACAAAGCUGGCAAGCGAACUUGAAAGACAGGGCCAAAGUGCAUUUAGAUUUGUAAAUAUUAUUGAAAAGCUGAUGUUGGAUUUCCUUCCUGAAGAUCUUCAACUCAUUGGCACGAGUUGGAUGGAAUACGCUGGGAACAAAAAGGGGUUACCAGAACCACUUGACAACUCUCCUGAGCUGUACGACCUCAUUACAUCCAAGUUAAAACCUUUGGACGAUUUCAAUUUAGUCCCAUUGCUGAAGGAACCAAUAUUUGACCACCCAGAUUAUCAGAUAACUGUUAACUUCACCAUGGACACUCUUGGCAAUGGUGUUCAAUAUGCCAUGUUCAACGGCAUAUCUUACACGGCACCAAAGGUUCCAACUUUAUACACAGUGAUGUCUGCAGAUGAUGAUCUUUUGGAAAAUUCUCAAAUUUAUGGCUCCAAUACAAACACCUUUGUUUUGAAGGAAAACGAAGUAAUUGAAAUAAUUGUUAAUAAUCAAGACCCUGGUACUCACCCAUUUCAUCUCCAUGGCCACACUUUCCAGGUUCUUUCAAGACUGGAAGAAGGAGAAGAUGAAGAAAACCCUAUAACCUACGACCCGGAAAACCCAGAACACAAUGACUUCCCAGAAAUUCCAAUGCAACGUGAUACUAUAGUGAUCGAAGCCAAUGGCUUUGUUGUUUUAAGAUUCAAGGCAGAUAACCCUGGUGUGUGGUUCUUCCAUUGCCAUGUUGAUUGGCACUUGGAGCAAGGUUUGGCACUUACCUUGGUGGAGGCGCCAACUGCAGUGAAAGAGAGCUUGAAGAAUGGUUUACCACCUAGUCAUUUAGAAGCUUGUGCACUUGCUCAGGUUGGCACUUCUGGUAAUGCAGCUGGAAACCUGAAGCUGUGGUUAGAUUUAAGCGGUGAAAACCUUCAAUUUGCUGCAUUACCUGAAGGGUUCACCUUGAAAGGUUACAUUGCAUUAGCAAUUUCUACGUUUCUUGGACUUUACGGGAUCUUUUCUAUCUACAGGUAUGGUAUGGAAGAUGUUAAGGCCGACAACAGUGAGGCAGUUAUCAAAAAACUCUACAAAAUCCUUGAAGCAGAAAAGAGUAACUACGAGCUUACAGAGCGUACUGUGAUUAACGAGGCACAUUAG